UGCGCUUGAGCUAAGCAGACUCGGGUGUGGGGAGAGAGGGCUGUGGGCUAGGCCCCUGGCUAGCUCAGACUCCAGUGCCAGGCUGUCUUCUAGUGGAGAGUGGGCCUCUGGAGGAGCUGGAAGGCUGAGUAGGGGCACUGGACUAAAGAGUGUGGUGUGGCUGGGGACACAGGAGCUGGUCCUAGAGCCUGGCUUUGAGACACUCCCAAAGUCAGGCGAUCUGGGGAAAGGAAUUGAGGACAGCUGGGCGAUCCUCUGGAAAAGAGCUGGGCUGCAGAAAACUAUCUGAAGGUGGAGGCAGACUCCACUCUGGGACGUUGAGGGGGACAAUCCGAGAGUAGCUGCGGGAGGGUGGAGAGGGGCGGGGAGGGCGCAAGGCGGAGCCGGGAGCAAGGCCAGACCGCGGGGGCCCGGGAGGGCGGCAGAUCCCCGAGGCUCCCGCAGCCGCGGCAGGACCGGCCAGCGGCGUCAUGGAGGGGAGCCCCAUCCCGGUGCUGACGGUGCCCACGGCGCCCUAUGAGGACCAGCGGCCGACCGGUGGCGGCGGGCUACGACGGCCCACAGGGCUCUUCGAGGGCCAGCGCAACUACCUGCCCAACUUCAUCCAGAGUGUGCUGUCGUCCAUCGACCUGCGCGACCGUCAGGGUUGCACCAUGGUGGUGGGCAGCGACGGCAGGUACUUCAGCAGGACGGCCACUGAGAUCGUGGUGCAGAUGGCUGCAGCCAAUGGGAUUGGACGGCUGAUUAUUGGGCAGAAUGGCAUCUUGUCGACACCUGCAGUCUCCUGCAUUAUCAGGAAGAUCAAGGCAGCUGGUGGGAUCAUCCUAACAGCCAGCCACUGUCCUGGAGGACCAGGGGGAGAGUUUGGAGUGAAGUUUAAUGUUGCCAAUGGAGGUCCUGCACCAGAUGUUGUCUCAGACAAAAUCUACCAGAUCAGCAAAACAAUUGAGGAAUAUGCCAUUUGUCCAGAUCUUCGAAUCGACCUGUCUCGACUGGGAAGACAAGAAUUUGACCUGGAGAACAAGUUCAAACCAUUCAGAGUGGAGAUUGUGGACCCCGUUGACAUCUAUCUCAACCUCCUCCGGAAUAUCUUUGACUUUAACGCCAUCAAGAGUUUGCUGACAGGACCCAGCCAACUGAAGAUCCGUGUUGAUGCUAUGCAUGGAGUUAUGGGACCCUAUGUAAGAAAAGUUCUGUGUGAUGAACUGGGAGCUCCAGCCAACUCCGCAAUAAACUGUGUCCCACUAGAAGACUUCGGAGGGCAGCACCCGGACCCAAACCUGACCUAUGCAACCACCCUCCUGGAAGCCAUGAAGGGGGGAGAAUAUGGAUUUGGAGCUGCAUUUGAUGCUGAUGGGGACCGUUAUAUGAUCCUUGGCCAAAAUGGCUUCUUUGUGAGUCCCUCAGACUCUCUCGCCAUCAUCGCUGCCAACCUCUCUUGCAUUCCGUAUUUCCGUCAGAUGGGGGUUCGAGGGUUUGGGAGGAGUAUGCCAACCAGCACGGCUCUGGACAGAGUGGCUAAAUCAAUGAAGGUCCCUGUGUAUGAGACCCCUGCUGGAUGGAGAUUCUUCUCAAAUCUGAUGGACUCCGGACGCUGCUCUCUGUGUGGAGAGGAGAGCUUCGGCACUGGGUCUGAUCACCUCCGAGAGAAAGAUGGCCUCUGGGCUGUCUUGGUCUGGCUGUCCAUUAUUGCUGCCCGGAAGCAGAGCGUGGAGGAAAUUGUUAGAGACCAUUGGGCCAAAUAUGGCCGCCACUACUACUGCAGGUUUGAUUACGAGGGACUGGAGCCCAAGGCAACCUAUUACAUCAUGAGGGAUCUGGAGGCCCUAGUGACAGACAAGUCCUUCAUCGGCCAGCAGUUUGCUGUAGGGAGCCACAUUUACAGCAUUGCAAAGACUGACAGCUUUGAAUAUGUGGACCCCGUGGAUGGCACCGUGACCAAGAAACAGGGCCUGAGGAUCAUUUUCUCGGAUGCAUCACGGCUAAUAUUCCGGCUCAGUUCCUCCAGUGGUGUGCGGGCCACCAUCAGACUGUAUGCAGAGAGCUACGAGAGGGAUCCCAGCGGUCACGACCAGGAACCACAGGCAGUGCUGAGCCCGCUCAUCGCCAUCGCAUUGAAAAUAUCUCAGAUUCACGAGAGGACUGGCCGGAGAGGACCCACCGUCAUCACCUGAGCACAGGGCAGCAGAGCACUCCGAGAGAUGCUUCACCAUGCCUUCUUGCUUCCUGUUUGUGCCUCUUAGGACUUUGGAAAAAAGAAAAGCUAUUUUGCUGUUGGGGGGGGGGGGGGGGGGGGGGGGGUGACAGGAGGGUGGGAGUGGGGUGGGGGGAGUAAGUACCCCUUUUGUUUUGAUUUGUCUUCCAAAAGCAGCAGGGUCUUUGGUUGGUUGUCUGCCAAAGCUUCACUAUUGUUUAAUACUUGGAUUUCAUCACACCAAAGUGCUUCCCUUUCUGAGAAAUAUAGAUGCCCUAGGGAAGUAUUAAUCACAGCCCCUGUAUAUUUCUAGUGUCUUGUGAGAAAAAGAUUCUGAGAGACAGGAUAGAGAGAGAGAUAGGGAGAGAGAGAGAGAGAGAGAGAGAGAGAGAGAGAGAGAGAGAGAGAGAGAGAGAGAGACACUAAGGUUUAGAACUUCUAGUGAAACACCCCCUCCCACCAGCCAUCCAAUGGCCACACUUCCCAGCCUGCCAACAACUCUGCAACACCUCUCUUACUUUUCUAGGGUUUUCUGUGAUUCACAAUGACACACCUCCAGCAAGGCAUAUAUAAAAGGGUGUUUUCCUUUCUUUUAUUUUGCAUGUAGUCUUCAUUUAGCUGCCAAGCUGGCUGCAUCCCUCUGAAUGUAGUCACUUCCUGUGCAGGUGGGGAAGGAUUUUCUAGAAAGAUCUCAAAAUGAGGAAGAAGCUUGCUUGAUUACGUCACAGAAGUCAAUACAUGAGUCUGUGUAAAUCCUCCCAGGAAGAAUACCAGCGCAUGUUCUGAUCUUGCUCACAGUGGCUGGAUAAAGGAGAACAGAACGGGCUGGAGUGUUUAAAGGGACAGUUGUGGGCCCCAUGAGACAGAGAGGUGGACUGUCACAACUGGCUUUCUUUGCCUGGGAGGGAAAGAGACCUGGCAGCUCCAGCAGGCACGUGGACGAGGGCAGAGUCCUCAGCCAGGCUCGGGAUGUGUUUGCUUCUGUUUGUCUCCCUUGGGAACUGCAGGUUCGCUUACCACACCAUUUGCGGAGGUGACCUAGUGCCCUUUGACUGUUGAGCAAGGCAUGAUUGCUGUCGUCAAGGUCGGCGCCUUAAGGAAAGAUUCCCAGCAAGGUGUUUGUUUCCGUUUUCUCUCUGUGCUUCUGUCAAAAACUUGCUAGGACAUUUAGGAGCCAAUAAAACAGAAUUUCCUUAUUUCAACCUCCAUACAAGAUCGUGGGCCUCAGGUCCUUUGUGCCUCUUGCUGCUUUGCCAUUCCAUCAGUGGGCCCCUGUACUGAUAAAUCAGCUGCUCAGAUCACUGGCACGGCUGUUGUUAGCUCUGAUGACUGGGCAAACGGAUUCUAAAAAUAGAACAGGGGGGUAAAAAUGGAAUUGCUCAAAAUCAGUUUUGGGAAUCAACAAAAAUUAAAAUGGCAUCUAGCCAUUCACCAUAACAGGGCUUACUUCGGAAUACUAGGACGAUAGCUUUUUAGCUGAAAUUAUUUUUAAAAAAAAGUUAUAAAAAGUAUGUCAGGCAUGGAAAAGUUUUGCCUUGUGGCUUUCAUUCUCAUUAUCUCUGGAGUAAAGGUCCCGAUAACGUCUGCCCGUUCAUUCACUGUAGACAUGCUGUCAGUGUGAUCUGACAGAGCCGUUGGCACAUCAGCUCUAGCUGGACAAGCAGAUCUCUUUUUCAAGUUCCUGAACUUGAACCAUCUCUAGCUUUUAAGUUCAAGUUAUUCUACUUAAACAUCCUGUUUCCUUUUGUAAAUGUAUGUGUAGUAGCCCAAUUUAUAGUCACUUAUUUGCUCAUUCAUUCAUUCAUUCAUUCAUUCAGCAAACACUGGUUGAGUAGCUACUCCGGAUACAUUUCUGGUUUUGAUAUAUCAGAAAGAAGGAUAAAGUUUUUCUUGCUCUUAGGAAUUUACAAUUUGGGGAGAGUUGGCCGUGACCAAGACCCAAAAGUAACUGGGGAGGCAUAAAUGUUGCAGUAGAGAUGCAAGCAUGAACUAUGGGGACAUACAGAGUGUAACUGACUCAGAAAUCAUGGGACACAUGAAACAGGACCCUUUUCCUAAGGAAUGGGGUUUCUUGAGAUUCAUAAGCAUUUGUAUAAUUUGCCAGAGAUGAAUGGAAGCAGCAAGACAGAACAGUGUUUAUUAGCCAGGACUUACAGAAGAGGUUGACUUUAGGGGCCACAGUUGGAGUGGUGGGUGACAUUGAGACAAACACAGGCUAUGACAUCAAGGGCAGCUAUAUUAACAAACAGUAGGCUAUGACAUCAGUGUCUCCCUCAGUGACUCUAGGACCCUCUCAAGUUCACAUUGCUGAGGAAUUAUUUCUGCCUUAACCCAAGAUUGUAUGUGUGUAUUCUUGCAUUAUUCCCGUGUGAGAUGGAAACCAGCAAUACACUCUUCCCUACAUGAUGCUCUCCCUGUCAAAGAUGGAGAGGCAACAGCUAGCCUUUCAGAACAAAUGAUUGGAGGGUCAUUGAGAUGGCUGGAGGGUGGCUGAAGGCAUGACUGCAGAGGCCUUACAAGGGGCUUGAGUUCAGUCCUCAGUAUCUAGAUAAAGGUAAGAAGAGUCCUCUGACCUUCACAUGUGUCCUGGCCUGUGCACCCCCCUGCACACACACACAAUCUUUUUUUUUAAAAAAAUAAGAAUAAGCAGCAUAUGACAUGAAAGAGUUUUGUGGGAACCAGCACAGUGAAUCACAGAAGAGGUGUUACGGUUAAAGUGAAGUAACUAUUAGGGCUACUCUGGUGGUCUUCUGGCACCAAGGGGUUCCCUUACUGCAACAUAUGCCUCUGGAAAGUGUCAAGACACCACACACACACACACACACACACACACACACACACACACACACACAGUGGUUCUUAACCAGGACAUCAUCCCAUGCAUCUAGGAGAUUUGGAAAUGUGUAUGUGUAUAAUGAUGCCAGGGAGGCAUUUAUAAGGAGAACCUGGUAGGGUAUUAAAUACUGUACCUGCCAGGUGUCAGCCAUCCAUCCCAAAAACAAGAUGUUGCUUUGUUUCAUCCAGGAUUCUAGAACUUCUUCUUCAUCCUUUAAAAGCGGGAGGGGUGAGUAUGAAGAUGUCUCAGCUAGUAAAUUGUCUCAAAAAGUAUUGACCUUUGGCUUCCAUAUGUAUGUAUAUACAUGCAUUCACACAUAAGAGUAGCUAUUUUUUUUAAAGAGAGAACACUUAUCAAGUCUUACUGUUUCAAACUGCAGAAUGCGUCCAUUAUAUUUACAGGUCAUGAAUGCCUUCACAUAAGAAGCUUUAGAUUGAUGGCCAUCCUUGAUAGAGGUCAUGGAUGACCCUGAGGCCAUGGCCACACUUAAUCAUGACAAGAAUGAUGGUAUCAUGGCAUUGUUUGGCCACCCACUGGUCAGUAUCAGGCUUGAGAUUUGUUAGUGGUCGGAUCCAUGAGCUAUGGCUGAUGUAGGGGAUGAGGCACAUUUGUGGAUAAUGACAGUAAGAUGACUCUAUGCCCCUGGCUAGUUAAUCAGUGUUUGGACCAUCAGCAGUUACAAAUGGCAAGAGAUUACUGAGGCAGCAGAGCUUAACAGAAUGUCCGUUCCACUUCAACCAGCCGGAGGCUUUACCAGCAGAAGCAUCCCAAGUGGUUGUCAGCUCACUAGUGUGUAACCCUGGCUUGUCUUGGAACUUUAUAGAACACAGUGGAGACACGGGUUUACAAAUGCAUGCCUUCCCCUCUUUCCACUUCUUUCAGCACCUAGUAUGGAGGUGAUCUUGAAUGAUGCUUCACCCAGAACAAUGUACUUAGGGAAAUGUAGAAAGACAAACAGACAUCUCAGUAAAAACACCUGUAGGUUUUUUGCAUGGAGAGGCAGGGUUAUCCCAGUACAACUCAGAUAUGCAAAGACCUAGCCAGCAUCGUGUGCUCUACUCUGACCUGGCCAUCCUGAUCUUCUAGGUGCUGGGGGCAAUUACUUAAACUUGUUGUUCACCAUAAAACUAUCAACUGGCAUGGGUAUCAUUCAAAGUGGAGAUGAGAAAGAAACAAUCUCUGCCAUGGAGACUUUCUUCUCCCCAUUGUCUCAAAGUCUGAAUGCUCUCCACAGUAGCCAUGGGACCAUGAAUGCUCUCUGCAGUAGCCAUGGGACCAUGAAUGCUCUCUGCAGUAGCNAUGGGACCAUGAAUGCUCUCCUCAGUAGCCAUGGGACCAUGGCUUCCAACCCAGCGGCCGUUCAUUUCAUCACAAACCUGAGAAAGAACGAAGAUGCCAGAGCUCCUUCCCAGGAGAGCAUCCUUUAGGGGAUAAUAAGGUAUCACUCAUUACAGUAGGGCAUACUGGUUUGACUUGCCCACUGGGUUCUAGUUGGUGGGAUUCUAAAACACAAGACCGCUUUGCGUAACACUCAGGUUGUUGACUCUUGAGUCAGAGUACAUGUGUUUUAGAAACAUGUCAAGGAAUGUGAAUUGCUGCUGUUUCUUUUUUUUUCUUUUUCUCUCCAUCCCUCCCUCCCUUUUGUUCAUUGACAGAGUUUCAUGUAGCCCAGGCUGGCUUCUAACUUACUAUGUAUCCAAGGCUGACUUUGAACUCCUGGUUCUCCAGCUUCUACUUGGCAAAUGCUUGGGUUGCAGGUGUGUGUCACCAUGCCUGUCUUUAGUG